UAAUUUAUCGUCUGCCAGCAGGAACAGCCGCUGAGAUGGAAGUGACAUAUAAGCACCGUCAAGUUAACGCUGGAGUGUUUAUUAAGAUGCUCACGAUUUAACUAGUCGUAAAGUGUUUUGUUGGUAUUGUAAUAGCUAGCCAUGGUUAAAAUAACAGUUUGCUAGCAGGCUAACGGAAAGUGCUUUGGUCCGCUGCCAGUACUGACAUUACGACAGCGUAACUGAAGUUGUUUCUCACGAUCCAGUUUCCUACGGGCGACGUCAAACGCUCCUGAGGUGCUGGACACUCCUGAUCUGAAGCUCCAUCAUCACAUCUUUUGACCCACUAAACUGCCAGCAUGGCUAAAACUGACUCCAUCAAUGUGCGGGUCUUCUCACUGAACUGCUGGGGAAUUUGCUAUCUUAGCAAGCACCGCUGUCAGCGCUACACCAUGAUAGGAGAUAUGUUGUGUAAGGAAGAGCAUGAUAUUAUCCUACUUCAAGAGGUGUGGAGUGAGAAAGACUAUCUCUUCCUUAAAAAGAAACUUGCCUCAAGUCAUCUUCACUCUCAUUAUUUCAAAAGCGGAUUUUUUGGAAGUGGACUGGCCAUUUUCUCCAAACAUAGAAUCCAUGAUACCUUUCUCUAUCGCUACUCACUGAAUGGCUAUCCCUACAUGGCUCACCAUGGAGACUGGUUUGGAGGCAAGGCUGUUGGGAUGGCCAUCCUAAGUAUCGGCAGCCUGAUUGCAAACGUCUACGUCACGCAUCUGCAUGCGGAGUACUGCAGAGAGAAAGACUCUUAUCUACCUCACAGAGUGGUUCAGGCCUGGGAGCUGCAGCAGUUUGUUCGCCACACCUCUGUAGGAGCGGAUGUGGUGAUUUUAGGUGGGGACCUCAAUAUGCACCCUCAGGACCUCGGCAGCAGACUGGUGAGGUCUUACACUGGACUUCAAGAUGCUUAUUUGGAGGCAGCUAAAUUUGAUGGAUGUGAGAAUGGCAUGACUCUAAUAGCUGACAACCCAUUCAUCAAUAAAACUGAGCUUGUUCCAUUUGAGAAGGGGAUUCGAAUUGACUAUAUCUUGUUCAAGGGUUCCUCCAAAGUAGAUAUUUACUGUGAUUCCAUGUCCACCACCAAAGGCUCCAUCCCUGACCAUCCUUUUCCAUAUUCUGACCACGAGGCUCUGACUGCUCACCUGAGGCUGGAGUCGCACAAUCUAACUGAGACUAGGAGACAUGGGCAGUCAGGAGAUGAGGACCAUGCUGCAGGGAAAGUGGCGGAGCUGGUCAACAUUGUGACCGAGGCACGCACUGAAGUCAAAGUGGGCCUUCACUGCGCUGAGAGGAUGCGCUACACAGCCACACGUACAGGAAUGAUGGGGCUGGCUCUGCUGCUUUUGGAGCUGGCCAUCGCCGCCGUGCCCUGGUUGGCCUUGGGAACUGAGCAUCCGUUCCCUCGUACCUCCUUCUACCUGCUGGCUGUGCUGUGCUUCGCCAUCCUGGUGACGACCCUUCUGCUCUACGUCUUUUAUACCAUGGAGCUGAAAUCUCUUCAGGGAGCUGAAGACCAGAUGAGACUUGCAGUAGGAAGUCUUCAGGAGAAGCUCAGGGCCUUUCCUCUUUUUCAAGCUCACAAUUCAGAGCGGAUCUGCCCCGAGGGUCAGGACCCCAGCACUUUAAGUCCAGGGGAAUAAUGAGGCAGCAAACUGGGCCAAAGUCGGCUUAGACAAAUGAAGCCUUUGAAGUGAGCUUUAAUAUGAAUGUUUGAGGGGGUCAUUGCUCCUCAGAAUGUGUUUCAUGCUCUAGAGAUUAGAUUUGUACUGCAGAGGAAGGAGCUAAACUAUAAGUUGUAGCAGUAGUGCAGGACACAAUCAAGCUUUGACAUUUUUAUACAUUUUUAUAUUCUAAUAUUUACUGUAGCUUUUUAAACUUUUAUGUCCUCCAGCUGUGCAGCCCACAUACUGUAUGCUUGCUGAUACUGUACAUGAUCAGGCUACUGCUGAGCAGUAAAUAUGGCCGUUAAUGCUUUCUAAGCUUUAGGUCAAACUUGCAUUCCUCCCAACAGCAGUUUUUUCAGGACCAGUGGCUUCAGUGGCUUCAGUGGCUGGCUCGUCCAGUAGUCACGCUGUGUGUCUUCUGUAAAAGAAGGUCAGUACAGAUUUUCAGAGCUACGAGAGCAUCUAAAAAUGUUCCUCAUGCAUCAUUGUACUCUUCUAACAGUAGUUUAGUAAACAUGACUUUUUGCAUGUAAAGGUUCUCAUAUUUGCUAUCUUGCACAAGAAAGUAUCUUAAUAUCAGACAAUCAACACUCCUUCAUCAACACUGUUUUACUGAGUCUAACAGUGGGAAUGUUAUUUUCUGUAAUGUGCUUUUGACAGAUAAGUCAAGUCAGUACUUCCUCUAUGCAUCUUGUACUGUAGAAAGGAUAUUUAAUAUAUAUUUACUGUAGUGUGAAGUCUCAGAUGUAAUCAUAUAAAUCACUCCUUUUAAUGUAAAGUCUGGAUUUUGCAGAGACUAACAAUGUUCAUUUUACUGGAAAUUGAGAUGAGCACAAUAAUCUAAGCAAUAAAGAACUUGUAUGCAUUC